AUGGCCUGUGCUGUGAAUUUCCAGAUCGAGUAUCGAUUAUCGAUUAUCCAGAUCAUUACAUGUAAUGACCUAGUUAUGGAACUCACUAGUGAUGCACCCCCUUUCCAAGCAGCAACACCUGCUACCCAAGCUAGACUUGUUGCCCAAGCUAAACCUGCUACCACUCUAAUUACUACUAAAAUUCCCCCACUUCCACCUAAAGAUAAACGCGAGGUUAUGGAACCCACUAGUGAUGCACCCCCUUCCCAAGCAGCAACACAUGCUGCCCAAGCUAGACUUGUUGCUCAAGCUAAACCUGUUGCCACUCCAACUACUGCUAAAGUUCCCCCACUUCUACCUAAAGAUAAACACGAGGUUAUGGAACCCACUAGUGAUGCACCCCCUUCUCAAGCAGCAACACCUGCUGCCCAAGCUAGACUUGUUGCCUAA